AAGACACUGCGCGGUCUGUUGCGUGAGAUCGUGCGGGCCCUCCGACACGAGCACAUGUCGUUCGUGACGUUCACGCAGUAUCUCAUCGACGAGGGGCCGGCCUUUGCCGACUUGGAUCCGGCGGAUUUUGCCAUUAGGGAGCGGGCGGUGGUCUCUAUCACCGAUUUGAUGACAAUGAUUAUGUUCCUGAGUCUGAGUCCGGCCGUGAAGGAGGCCGUGUCCACCAUUAAGCCCGACCGCAGAGAGAUUUUACGCAACUAUCAGUUGCAGAACUCAAACAUCCAACGAAUAGCCGUCUAUUGGCUACAGAAGGCUGUCAUUAAACAGUACCGACCGGAUCGUAGCGAAUACCUGCACUGUUUAAAUAAAGUACUAUUUAUGGAAAGCGCUGAACACUAUUACAGCCGCGACGGGUGGCCGCCGGAAAACGACCGGAAUCUCAUGUUCCGAAUGACAUCCGAAGUGCCACUACUGGAGGAGACACUCGUGCGGGUGCUGUCGAUGGGCUCAUCUAAAGACAAUCCGUUGACGUCGGCCGAAGCGGUGGAACUGUCGGACGCGCUGAUCAAACGCGCGGCCACUAUCAUGGAGUACGACUCGAUCGCACACCCGGUGCUCAUGAUUCGCGACAAAGAUAUCUUUCGGCUACUGAUGAUGAACGCCAUAUACCGCCAUCCGGACAACAUAUCGCUUCCCGCCGGUUAUGAUCCGCCCAAUAUGGCCAUCGGAGACCUCUACUGGAAAGUGUGGAUCCAGUUGUUGAUACUGACGGCGCAUAACCCCUCGCAGUUCGGUCUACUGGCGUGGGAUAACUACCCGACACUCGGCGUACUUAUCGAGAUGUCAAUCACCAAUCACUUCGAGUUCCCGCCGCCGACCAAAAUGGGCGACGAUUUGGUGAAUCGUGAGCUCCAGAUCAGCGCAUACGAGAAGCAACAGAUCCUGCAGUUUGAGUCAUAUCUGGCCGCGGCGUCGACCAAAGUGCAGAUCAAUGAGACCAAUAGUCUGCUGCUGUCCAAACUGAUCUCAAUGGAUCCGCUCGGGCCGGCCCGCAAACCGCCGGCCGCCGUACUCGAGCAGUUCAAACAGCUAAACACAGUGCUCCGGUUGGGACACCUGUUGUGUCAGUCCCGUCAGCCGGACUUCUUGUUGGAGAUCAUACAACGGCAACAGAAACAGACGGGAAGCGCCGCCCACCAGAUGACCAGCUCCGCGCCGAUGCCGUGGCUCGUGGAACUGGUCGAGUCCAAUGAGAACAACUUCGGAAUGCUUCCCGUCCAGUGUCUGUGCGAGUUCUUGUUGGGACAGAUCAGCGAAGAGGAGUCACUGCCGGCGCAGUUGGCCUACGAGUCGACCGCCGGCGGGGCGUCGACGUCGUCGUCGGCCACGAAGUUUGAGAAAAGCAAACGCCGAGAGAAACGCCGCAAACAGUUGAAACUGAUCGCACAUUUGCAGACAAUUAUUGUCUCGCAGUCUCAGUGCGCCCGAGAGCUGAUUGAGUACUUCAUGAAACGACUCACUUUCCAACAGUCGUCGGCCCGACAGUUGGCUUCCAAAGCCCUGUCGCUGGUGAUGACGACCAGCGCUGAGACUACCGCAGCCGCCGUCGGACCCAAUGACGACAAGCCGUUACAGUUUACAGAUGUUGGCGUUUGGCUGUCGGAACGAUUGCCCGCGAAUCCCAACUUUGAGUACAUACGCUCCUCUGCGGCCGAAUCUCUACGACCGGCCAUUCUUGUGGAAACGGUUCCCAACUAUAUCUGCCAUUACAUACAGUUCCUGUCGCUCUACGGCGAGACGGGUUCCAUGGAAUUGGCCAUCGAUUGCGCCCAUAUUCUCAUCGAUCGACAGUUGAUUACGAAUUGCAUUCUACAACAGAAACCAUUGCGCGAUAUAUUCGUGAACUCGUUGUCGAAGAUAUUUUUGGCCCAUUUGGUGAUAAAGAGACGGCCCGCUCGUGAGGCCUACUCCUGGGCCGACGCUCAGGACCACAUACUUGUCCAGUGGCCUAACGACGAGGCGGCCAUUCUUCACAUCAGUGUUGUUCACGCGAUGAUUAUUUUGCUGACAUUCGGGCCGUCGGAGUCGGGCCACCACGAGUACGACCAACUCCUGAACACUUGGUUCUGCGAACCCCAACCGCAGGCCUUUCUCGUGGACACCAGCGAAGAGGCACUUCUGAUACCCGAUUGGCUGCGACUGCGGCUAAUGAAGAGUUCGUCGCCAUUCCUGAUGGACGCGGCGCUCCGUGAGGUCGAGCCCUCGCAACUCGUUUUGUUCAUUCAAUCGUUCGGACUGUCGGUCGAGUCAAUGGAUCGACUGUUCGGCGCUCUCGACGUCGCCUCCGAUAUAGACGCCGAUGGCGUCAAAGAGUGUGUGACCGACGAGUCGCUGAUACUUCGCGUGGUUGAGGUUCAGUGGAUGCGUGGCGUGAAGAAUGGCUACCGAUUCGCCGCCAUUUUGGGAUACAAGAAGGACGACGAGUCGGCGGCCAAAGCGGUCGCCGAUAAGAUGGACACCGAAGCGAGCGGUAGCGACAAAUUGACGGCCAUUGACGCCAAGUACUCGACAUUCAAGGCUGAUCUCCGACACCAUCUCAUUGACAACAAGCAGACCAGCGGUCAGUAUCUGUUGAAACUGUCGCGCGAAUUGACGCAAGAGUUGUUCGACCGAAAGGUGACGUCCAAGAAGUUUACGAAACUAUUUUUGGUCGAAUUUCGGUCGCAAAUGAGCGCAUGCGUUGACCUCAUAAAUCGGGGUGAAUUCAAUUCGCUAUUUAAUAUCAUCGUUACGUUCGCUACCAAUGAUUCCGCGAAGAGUUUGGGCCUAAAACAGGACAUACUGUCCGCUCAGAAGGCCAUCAAAGACUGCGCUGACGUGAAGAACGUGACACUCGUUAACAUUAUGAACAGAUUCACGACAAUCACGCGAUCGCCGCCGCAGAAGAAGAAACCGACCAAAACUGGUCCGCAGAAGACCAAAAAGCGAACGCAUACGCAGACCAUCGAGCAAUUGGCGCAACUGAUCCUCAAGUGCGACAGCGGAGGCGUCGACGCCAACAAAGGUCUACUUCUGGAGCGGUUCCACAAACUGGAGCCAGAAUUGGUGUGCGAAGAGUCGGCGAACACACGGCUGGAGACACAGCUACUGUUCUCGAGGAAUAAUCUGUAUUUGUUGUCACUAUUGAUCCAUAAGACGCGCUUCGAGACGCUGAACGCGUGCAUCAGGAGUGUGCUGAGCGAUGACCACCGGUUGGCCGACUUGAACGCCACCGCAGUGUUGGACUUUUUGACGGCGUGUCUCGGGUCGCCGCGACUCUGGAUCGGUCGGGAUCUCAAUCAACCGAAACACUCCGAAUACGAAGACGUCCUUAAACUGGACGACAAACAGAUCAAACGACUCUUGGAUUAUGUCAUUGAAGAGGCAAAUGUCAGCAAACGGGUCCCAUUGGUGAUCAAGAGUUGUUGUCUGCGCUCCAAUCAAAUCAAACUAGUGGUCAAUACGUUGAAACAGUUGGACGACAGCGGCGGCGACCAGCGGUCAUCCAUCGCCGGCGAACUGCUGUUCCGACUCUACCUCCAGAUACCGAGCAUUGAACAGCCGUCGCGUAUAACCGAACAGCACUUCGCCAUCAAUAGUCAGGAGCCGAGCGCUAUCGACUCGAUGACACACAAUCUGUUGACCGCAUUUACGGGCAUCGAGUCGUCGCCCACUCGACAACAGGCCGGGUAUCUCAACGACUGCGAGCUAUCAAUGUUGAAGUUGGCCUCCAAACACCCGGUGCUGUUUCUGCGACAAUUGCCAAUGAUUCCGGCACUACUUCGCGGCAAACUCUGUUCCGUGACAUACGAUGUGUUCAAAUCCCGUAACUAUUUAUCCACUUUUAAGCGUCUGUUGAAUAUUCUUCGACUUCUGAAGCCAUUCUUGUGGAACAAACAAGUGAAGGGUUUGAACGAAUUGCUGUCGACGUAUAUCAGACUCUUUCACGACUACUGCCGCUACGGCGGCCGCGAACUGUUGCCGAUGUUAUCGCAGUUUCUGUUUCUCGUUGACGAUUGGCUUAAAUCGGACACCGAAUCGGCCAAAGCCUGGAUUAAAGCCAAUCGAAAGCCUAUUGUAGACCUGUCGACUGUAUUUCCGGAACAAUCACUCUUCAAAUCGCUUCUAUCGGGUCUACCGUUUCAGACACAGAAUCCGAUGGGAUUUAAUGAGAAACACUAUUCGGAGAAUAUUCUGCUCCGACUUCGGGACAGCAAAGACAACGGCGAACGUAUGGACGCCGUACUCAACGAAUUGGACAAACUCUCCGACUCUAAGCCACACGUUUUGGAGUAUUUUGCGGUAAAAUAG